UUCUGGAAGCCAGGAGGAUAGAGGUGGGAGGAAGCAUUCCUCAAGCAUGAGGCCUUAGGGUCCCUCUGCCUGCUGGAUCUCUGCUGUAAGGUCAGUGGGAAACAGAUGGAUUGAGGACAGUCCCCAGGUAGAAUAGGACCACCCUGGGGGACUUGGGCUCUUUGGCCUUGCUUUUCAGAUGAACAUGUGAGGCCGGCUGGGGGCUCUCAUGUAGCUGGACUGUUGCUGGCUUUCUGUUGUCAAAAAAAAAAAAAAAAAAGUUUCCUCUGCCACCCAGCCAAACUUUGCUUGCACACAUGUUUUCCAGAGACAGAGACAAAAAUGUGUUUCGGGGGGUAAAGAGGAGGGGGAGGCUGGAGUGACAGUUACAUUAGCCGUCUGCAGAGUCAUCCUCAUCACCUCGGCAUUUCCUGCAGCCUGCUGUGAACCCUGGCCAAGGUUCUAUCGAGAUCCAGGGCAAGCCCCAUGGCCAAAAACAGGCUGGCCUAGCUCCGAGGGAGGAAAGGGAGACCUUGAGGAGAGUAGUCAGGUUUCGAAGGCCCUCUGCCAUCAGAGCCCACUCCACCAGCCUCUUUAGCCUCCUACGCCACUGCUCCGUGCCUCCAGCUCUGGGAAUACCAGAUGGGACCCCUAGUAUCCUGCCAGGGCCAAGAAGUUUCCAGCCUUUCUGCUACAGUUCAUGAUCUUUCCUCUGCGUGUGAUGUUCUCUCCCCACUGCUGCUCCAUCCUAACUCCUACUCCCCCUUCCAGACUCACUUCAGUGUCACCUCCAUUGGGAAGCCUUCCCUGAUUCCUUCUGUCUGGGUUGGACCUUCUCCUCUGUGCUCCCGCAAAGUGCUCACCCUUAUCAUCUGAACGUAAGAAUAACUACCUUGGACUUAGGAUGCCCGAGUCACUGUUCUAAAUCCUUCACACGUGUUAACACCUCACAGCCCAAUGGUGCUAUUGAUAUCUUGACUUUACUGAUGAGGAAACUAGGAAACCAAGAAGCUUAAGGAACUUGUCCAGUGUCCUACAAGUAUGGAGUGUGGAGGUGGGGAUUUGAACCUGAGCUGUCUUUCUCCGGGAACCUACCCCCACUGGAAACUGAACUCUUUGAGGACAGAAAUCCUCACCAGCCAGCUUUCUGUUUCCGGAACGUCCGUACCUGAUCCGCCCCAGGCAUGAAGGCUCUCCAGUUGAUAGCAGGGAUGGUCCUCCUUACCUGUGUGUUUCUGGCCUGUGCUGCACAAAGUCCAAUGACCGUGCUGUGCUCCAUAGAUUGGUUCAUGGUCACUGUGCACCCGUUCAUGCUGAAUAACGACGUCUACGUGCACUUCCAUGAGUUACACUUGGGUCUGGGCUGCCCUGCCAACCACGUUCAGCCACACGCCUACCAGUUCACCUACCGUGUCACCGAGUGCGGCAUCCGGGCCAAGGCUGUCUCCCUGGACAUGGUUAUUUACAGCUCGGAGCUGCACUACGCUUCGAAGGGGACUUCUUCUAAGUACAUGAUCCCUGUGUCCUGCACUGCUCCCCGGCAGUCCCCGUGGCUCCCUCCACCCUGCCCGGUGAGAGUAGCCAAUGGGACAGUCACUACAGCCCAACACGGCGGGGCGAGCUAUGACGUGUUCACCUUGUCUCAGUCCAGCCAAAGGCCCAACUGCGACUGUCCGCCCUGCGUAUUCGGCGAAGAAGAGCAUGUCCAGGCCCCGCAGGGCCAAGCAGAGGCUCAGGAGGGCCAGCACCCUGCUUUUGUGGAUCUUUCUGAGGACUGGUCCCUUCACUCGGAUGAUCCCACUGGGUCCAUGUGAUCGCCGGGUUUGAGGAGUCCCUUGGGAGCUUUUUCUAACAUUAGUAUAUAAUAUUUUCUAUUAUUAGACAAAUAAGUUUGUUGGUAGCCCCCUUAUCAGUGCCUUUGAGAGAGGGCAGCUCAUGGUUAUUUCAUGAAUAAAAUUGUUUUAUAUUUUUAUAUCUUUUUUUUUAAAUAAAU